GCAGCGGCGAUGCCGCGGGCGAGCGGCCCCUCGGGGGGCCCGGGCACGGCGCUGCUGGCCCUGGCGCUGGCCCUGGCGCUGGCGGGGUCCCCGGGCGGCGGGCAGCACUACGAUUACUACGGCUGGCAGCCCGAGAACCUGCCCCACGGGCGCUACUACGGGCGGGAGCCGCAGUGCCUCGACAUCCCGCCCGACAUGCAGCUCUGCCGCGACGUGGGCUACAAGCGCAUGAGGCUGCCCAACCUGCUGGAGCAUGACACCAUGGCCGAGGCCAAGCAGCAGGCCAGCAGCUGGGUGCCCCUGCUCGCCAAGCAGUGCCACACCGACACCCAGCUCUUCCUCUGCUCGCUCUUCGCCCCUGUCUGCCUCGACCGGCCUGUCUACCCCUGCCGCUCCCUCUGCGAGGUGGUGCGUGACUCCUGCGCCCCUGUCAUGGAGUCCUACGGCUUCCCCUGGCCCGAGAUGCUGCACUGCAGCAAGUUCCCCUCCGACCACGAGCUCUGCAUCGCAGUCCAGUUUGGGAACAGCAAGGCCACCCCGCCACCAGUGUCCAAGAUCUGCACCCAGUGCGAGAUGGAGCACAAGGCAGACGGCAUGAUGGAGCAGAUGUGCUCCAGUGACUUUGUGGUGAAGAUGCGCAUCAAGGAGAUGACAGAGGAGAAUGGGGAGCGUCGACUGGUGGCUGCCCAGAAAAAGAAGGUGCUGAAGCUGGGCCCACUGAAGCGCAAGGACACCAAGAAGAUGGUGCUGCACAUGAGGAACGCGAGUGCCUGCCCUUGCCCCCAGCUUGACAGCCUCACUGGCAGCUUCCUGGUGAUGGGACGCAAGGUGGGUGGCCGCCUGCUCCUCCUCGCUGUCUACCCCUGGCAGAAGCACAACAAGGAGAUGAAGUUUGCCGUCAAGUUCAUGUUCUCCUACCCCUGUCCCCUCUACCACCCCCUGCUCUAUGGGGCUGGGCAGCACUAGGGCUCUGUCCUCUCCUCCCUGGGACUCCUGCACUGGCCUGACACUCCUGAAACCCUGGCACCCCUAGUUGCACCCCAGGACCUCAGCUCUGCUCCCAUCAGCCCCUAGACUAUGUCCCAGGACCCUGUUCUGCAGCCCUAGGUUCCCAGCUGCAUUUGUGGAAGCCUUCAUCCACAGCCAGUACUCCUGUCCCCUCCUGAGAGCCCUUCUCUGCACCCCUGGGACCCCUCUCCUGCUUAGUGGGGGGGAUCCACCUCCAAGUCCUCCAGACCAUCCCUGCUGCAUCCCUUACACGCACCCCUUCCCUCCCCAUCCACACCACAGUAAAUUAUGCUUCCUUGGAGAAGCCUGUGUUCAGCUACCUGUGGUUCAUGGGCCCCUUAGGGCUCCCCCAGGAAAGACAGGAGGGGGCUGCUGGUCCUGACUGCUGAGUGGGGUGACCUGAGGGAGCUGGGUCACCCUGUUCUCCGGCUCUAGACAUGCUCCAGGCACCAUGCCCAGAGCCCAAGACUGGACAGCCUGGCCAAGCCAAGGAGCAAGGUUCCCAGUGGUCACAGGCAUCACUGGCGAGUUGGGAAUCCCUGCCACUUCAGGGAACCUGGGAGGGUGGCAAGAUGAGGGAUGGGGGGACAGUUGAGCCCCACAGCUGGGUGUCUGCCUGAGAAGUUUCUCCCUCCAUCACUCCUUGGGGACAGAUCUGCAGGCUGGGAGGUGGAGGUGCAUGGGGGGAGCCUGGCACUGAGCAUAGUGAGGGCAAAUCCCAGGCCAGGAUCCCUGUCUCCAUCCCUGGGCAUCCCUGAAAGCCCUGUCUGUGGCUCUAAUCUGCCCUGCUGCCAGACCUCCCACCCUGCAACCAACAGCCUCCUCCCAAAGGUUCCCUGAGGACACCCACCUGCACCAGCUGGGACCCCCCAGCAGACCUGGGACCGAGGCCACCCCGAGCCUGGCCCCUCUGAUGGUGGCAGGGUGCUGUCCCUCAGCGCAGGGGCUGCCUCUGCCCCAGCAGGGAAGGGGGGCAGCCACCAGCCCCUGUCCCCCUGCAGUCCUGUUUGCCCAGCACAUUCUUCUGCCUGCCCGUCCUGCGGGGUGAGGGAAGCACGCUGGCCCCUGCAGUGUUUACCCACCACCCGGCUGCCCGGCACUGCGGCUUCUCACCAGACCUGGCCCAGCCACGGGGAAGUCUCCCGGGACAAGAGAGGAAUUGAGGCUGCGGGACACCUGCACUCAACCUCCCCCUGGCAAAUGAGGCCACCAGGCACCUGCCCUGUGCAGGGCUGAUCCCUGCCCCCUCUCCCCCGCCUUGAGCACGGCCUCAGCCCCACUAGCUACCCCCGCACCUCCCAGAGCCCCAAAGGGCACUUAUGUCCUGCUCCAACCAGGUAGAUAUGCCCCUGCCCUGCAGCCAGCCAGGGACAUGGGACAGCCAACCCUGCAACAGCCUCACACCCUCGACCCCAGCCGACAUGGAAAAAAACUGGGGGGAAAACUCAAAUACUGUUAGCAGGUAUGCUCAGAGCGAGGCUGCCGAGCAUGCUGCCACAGGGAAAAACAUCAUCAAUUACGUCAUUUUACUGCAAAACUUAGAGUACGCAAAUAAAACCCCAUCUCCCACA